GUAGCACCUGGCUGCUCGUAACAGCAGAUGCUGGAACCCUAACAGAAAUUUCCAGGCCAACGCCGUUUAAUCGCAGUCACAACAAAUGUAUACCUUUUGGGAGUCUUGUUUUAUUUAACAUCGCUUGUUGCCAGCAGCAACGACGGACGCUAAAGGAAGUCAGUCAGCAGCCAACAGGGAAACCAAGUGAUCCGAAACACCGGCUGUUUCCCAUUGGGGCCACUGACGUUAGCGGGUUGGACUAAAUCUCCUCCGUCUCACUUUUUCUUCGUGCAGUACACUGAAAGUUGCUCUCUGAAGGAGUUGUUCCUCCUCCAGCUCUUCGUGGGUCAGUCAUGGCUGCUCAGUGUGUAACCAAGGUGGAGCUGACGGUUUCCUGUCAGCACCUCCUGGACAAAGACAUCGGCUCCAAGUCAGAUCCCCUGUGUGUCCUGCUGAUGAGCAGCGCUAAUAACCAGUGGUAUGAGGUGGCUCGCACCGAGCAGGUCCAGAAUUGCCUCAACCCAAAUUUCGCCAAAAAGUUUGUGGUCGAUUACUACUUUGAGAUUGUGCAGAAGCUGAAGUUUGGGAUUUAUGACAUCGACAACAAGACGAUCGAUCUGAGUGACGAUGACUUCCUGGGAGAGCUAGAGUGCACCCUGGGCCAGGUUGUAUCAAGUAAAAAACUGACCAGACCUCUUGUCCUGAAGAACAAGUCGCCUGCAGGAAAAGGCACCAUCACUAUCAAUGCAGAGGAAAUAAAAGACAACAGAGUGGUGAACUUUGAGGUGGAAGCAAGGAAACUAGACAACAAGGAUUUCUUUGGAAAGUCUGACCCUUACCUGGAAUUCUACAAGCAGACCCAGACUGGCUGGCAGCUCGCUCACAGGACAGAGGUGGUGAAGAAUAACCUCAACCCGACAUGGAAGCCGUUUCGAAUCCCGCUGCAGUCGCUCUGUGGAGGAGACUUGGACAAAUCCAUAAAGGUGGAGUGCUACGACUACGAUAACGAUGGCUCCCACGACCUGAUCGGAUGCUUCGAGACCACGAUGAAACGCCUGCAGGACGCGUCGCGGACAUCUCCGGCAGAGUUCGAAUGCAUCAACAGUAAGAAGAAGCAGAAGAAGAAAGGCUACAAGAACUCGGGUGUCGUGAGCGUCAAGCUGUGCCAGGUGGUGAAGGAGUACACCUUCCUGGAUUACAUCAUGGGAGGCUGUCAGAUCAACUUCACCGUGGCCAUCGACUUCACAGGCUCCAACGGAGAUCCCAGGUCCCCCCAGUCUCUGCACUACAUCAGUCCUCAGGGUGUGAACGAGUACCUCUCUGCCAUCUGGUCCGUGGGAAACGUCAUCCAGGACUACGACAGUGACAAAAUGUUUCCUGCUUUUGGCUUCGGCGCUCAGAUCCCUCCCUCAUGGCAGGUUUCCCACGAGUUUCCUCUCAACUUCAACCCGGCAAGUCCGUUCUGUGCAGGCGUUGAAGGGAUCGUGGAGGCCUACAGGGUCUGUCUGCCGCAGGUCAAACUCUAUGGCCCCACCAACUUCUCCCCCAUCAUCAACCACGUGGCCUGCUUCGCCAAGCAGGCGCUGCAGCAGACCACGGCGUCGCAAUACUUCGUCCUGCUGAUCAUCACCGACGGGGUGAUCACCGACAUGGACGAGACGCGCAGCGCCAUCGUCAACGCCUCCCGCCUGCCCAUGUCCAUCAUCAUCGUCGGGGUGGGCGGGGCCGACUUCAGCGCCAUGGAGUUCCUGGACGGCGACGACGGCUGCCUGCGCUCCCUGACCGGCGAGGCCGCCAUGCGGGACAUCGUGCAGUUCGUGCCCUUCAGGCAGUUCCAGAACACUCCUCCUGAAGCUCUGGCCAAGAGCGUGCUGGCUGAGGUGCCGGGCCAGGUGGUGGCGUUUUUCAACACCAUGAAGCUGAGCCCACCCAAGUCCAGUCCUGCACCCAACCCGGCAGGGACCAUCUGAUGGCGUGAGGAGGAGGAGGUGGAGGUGGAGGAGGUCGCACACGAGGUCUUCUCCUGCUGUUACACUGAGCACUUCCUCUGCUCGCCGUUUAUUUCCCCACAUGGGGCAGCAGGAACCUCCCUUAGCCGUCUGAUGUUCGUACGCUCAGUAGAACUUUACACCUUUUUGUGUUAUGUGCCAAGUAAAUCUAGCUGCUGUUGGAUAGCUUCAUUUAUUCAUUUUAGCUGUUUUAAAGACGUAUUUUCAUUCCAUUAUUGCUAAAGAAGGCGCCUGUUUGCAGAGGAUUCGGCCGGUCAAUGUUACCAUCGUCCUCACUUAUGUUGCUCUCUGACUCCAGAAACGGCACUCGCUCAGUGUUUUUCAAUCCGAUAUUAGAAACUAUGUAAAAGGCUCUUAUGUACCAAAGGAUAACACAUUUCUUCUGCGUUACUCAUUUGGUUGAUUGGUAAUGUUUUUUGGCACAUGAAUUAAUUUCCAAAAUGUAUAUUUUUUUGCACAUCGCACCAUUUUAACAAAUGUAAUAUCGAGUUAUUCUUUAAUUGAUCACCGUGGGAAUCUGAUCUGAUGUAACUGGAUGCCAGCGUCAGCCAGGCUUUGGUUGUACCGUGCCACUUUGUCCACCAGAUGUAACUUAUCCAAGACUAACAGUAGCAUAAGGUCAGUAUUGAACAUGCUGUAAAUACAUACAGCGCUAUUAUAUUACAUCUAAGUAUGGCUGUCGCAACCGUCUGUUUUAUUAAUCUGUUAUCUCAUCAUGCAACACAAGCUGCUUUAGACUACAAAAAAUAGUUAUCUGUGCCUUGCUAUAAGCAAAUGUGCUUAAUGUUCUCAAAAUAAACUCUUAUUCAGUAUGUGAAUGAAGUCGU